CCGAGACGCUUCGGAGGCAAGAUGGCGUCGGGCAGUGGGACUAAAAACCUGGACUUCCGCAGGAAGUGGGACAAAGAUGAGUAUGAAAAGCUUGCGGAGAAACGGCUCACGGAAGAGAGAGAGAAGAAAGAUGGCAAGCCAGUACAGCCUGUCAAGCGAGAGCUUCUUCGGCACCGAGACUACAAGGUGGACCUGGAAUCCAAACUGGGGAAAACCAUUGUUAUCACCAAAACAACUCCUCAGUCUGAGAUGGGCGGGUAUUAUUGUAAUGUCUGUGACUGUGUAGUGAAAGAUUCUAUCAACUUCUUGGAUCAUAUCAAUGGCAAAAAACAUCAGAGGAACCUGGGCAUGUCAAUGAGAGUCGAGCGCUCGACGCUGGAUCAAGUGAAGAAGCGCUUUGAAGUGAACAAGAAGAAAAUGGAGGAGAAGCAGAAGGAUUAUGACUUUGAGGAGAGGAUGAAAGAGCUCCGAGAAGAGGAGGAAAAGGCCAAAGCCUACAAGAAAGAGAAACAGAGGGAGAAGAAGAGGAGGGCGGAGGAAGACUUGACGUUUGAGGAGGAUGAUGAGAUGGCGGCCGUGAUGGGCUUUUCUGCGUUUGGCUCGACCAAGAAGAGCCACUGAGCGGCCUUGGGACUUUUCCUCUCGACCGAGCUUGUUUCUGACCAGGUGACACUUGAAAACCCCUGGAAGAUUUUGCAGG